GGUACGUGAAGUCGCGAUAAUUGCUUGAACCUUCCCUUCAGUAAACCAAUUGAACAAUCUCACAAACGGUCACAACCAUGAUUCGAAAACAAGCGAGAGAACGCCGGGAUUACCUUUACCGAAAGGCGGCGAUCCUCAAAGAUGCCGAAAUCAACGAGAAAAAGGCAAAGAUGAGGGCAUCAUUAGCCCAGGGCCGACCACUGGAGAAGGACAUUGCAAACGACGAGAAGCUGCGCGCAGACUACCACUAUGACGAAUCGAGGAUAGACAGAGAAGACCUGGAUCUAGAUGACGAAUAUGCGCAGCUGAGCGGCCUGGUAGACCCGAGGGUGAUGGUGACGACAAGUCGCGAUCCUAGUGCGCGGCUGGCUGCGUUCGCAAAAGAGAUCCGACUGCUUUUGCCGACUGCAAUAAGGCUCAACCGUGGAAACCUGAUUCUACCGGAGCUUGUCCGGAGUGUGCAAGCCGCAGGUCUUUCGGACAUCGUCCUCCUUCACGAGCGUCGAGGAACACCGACGGCACUCACCAUUUCACACAUGCCUCACGGCCCGACAGUAUCCUUCUCUCUCCACAACGUUUUGUUAAGGCAUGACAUCCCCGGAAGUGUCAGGGGGACUGUUUCCGAGGCCUAUCCCCACCUUGUGUUUGACGGCUUCACCUCCAGACUUGGUCAACGCAUCGUUAAGGUUCUGAAGCAUCUGUUCCCGCCCAGGGAGCCGAUCACAAGCAAGACAAAGAUGUCAAAUCGUGUCAUCACAUUCAAGAACAUUGACGAUGUUAUCGAGGUCCGGCAUCACGUCUUUGUCAGAACAGGUCACGAAAGUGUCGAGCUGGCAGAGGUCGGCCCACGGAUGAGCAUGAAGGUGUUUGAGAUCAGGGGAGGAACAUUAGAGAAUAAGGAUGGCGAUGUAGAAUGGCAUCUGAGCCAGUACACGCGGACCAGCAGGAAGAAGAACUACUUGUAAAUUGAUACCCUUUGAAGCUGGUUGGACGAUUAUCAUUUCUCGGUUGAUGCGCACGGCUCCAAAAUGUGACUAAAAGGAUGCGGUCCAAUUACGACUUCGGGUUAGCAAGUUGGUGUUUGAGAGCCUUGUAACAAGGUGUUAUUUUCGGAGCCUGUUGAGUAAGCUAACAUCGGUAUAAUCGACUUCCAGUAUGAAUAUUUAGGUACCCAAAUAAGGUAGGUACCCAUACACGCCCUCGAAACGACUAAGAUAUGCGGGGCGGCUCUUAUCAGGCGAGGCCU